UCGGGGCCACUUCCUGUCCCGGCCUCGGCCGGAGCGUUUGGGACCCCGGGCGGCGGGGUYGGCCGGGACCGGGCUCUUCCUCCGGGUCCCCUGGGGGUCGCUGGGGGGCGGCGCGCCGGGAGCGCAGCCCGGAACCGGUUUCUGCUCCCUAACCUGGCUGUGAUUAUUGUGAUGGAGCAAGGAAAGGAACUGUUGGUGGCAGAGUCUAAAGGUUUCACCAAGAGGGAAAAUUUGAGAGUCCUCUUUUCAGGAGAUGAAAGUAAGAAUAUUAUGGGAACUGCUCAACACAAUGCUCCUCAGGCAGAGAAACUCUGUCUUAAAGAUAGAAUUUCGCAAUGGCCUAAACAUCAUGGACCAGAGAAUAUUAAGAAUGAGGAUACAAAAGAAGCACCAUUAGCAUGUUCCCAAGAAGAUGAGAUGUGGUGUCAUGAUUCCUAUGAGAAUGAUGGCAUGUCACAGUGUUGGGAAAAUUGUAUAAGAAAAGCAGAAAAACCCAACCACCAGGAAUGGGACCCGGAAGAACAUAACAGUGUUUCUGUACAGCAGAAUUCAUCCUUGGGAGAGAAACCCUACAAAUGUUUGGAAUGUUGGAAAAGCUUCAGCAAUAGUUCUCAUUUGCGUACUCAUCAGAGGACCCACUCCGGAGAAAAGCCUUAUAAAUGCUCUGAGUGUGAGAAAUGCUUCUGUAAUAGUUCUCACCUGAUCCAGCAUCUGAGAACACACACUGGGGAGAAGCCGUACCAGUGUGGCGAGUGUGGGAAAAGCUUCAGCAACACCUCCCAUCUUAUUAUCCACGAGAGGAUACACACAGGGGAGAAACCCUACAAAUGUCCCGAGUGUGGGAAGAGUUUUAGCAGCAGCUCUCACCUCAUUCAGCACCACAGAUCACAUACAGGUGAGAAGCCAUACGAGUGUCCUAUCUGUGGAAAAGGCUUCAGCCACAGCUAUGUCCUAAUAGAACAUCAGAGGACUCACACUGGAGAAAAGCCCUACAAGUGCCCCGACUGUGGAAAGAGCUUCAGUCAAAGUUCCAGUCUGAUCCGCCACCAGCGGACACACACAGGUGAGAAGCCCUACAAAUGUCCUGAAUGUGGAAAAGGCUUUGGUUGUAAUUCUACUCUAAUUAAGCAUCAGAGAAUCCAUACGGGAGAAAAACCCUAUCCCUGUGCAGAAUGUGGGAAGAAUUUUAGUCGAAGCUCCAACCUUAUAGCACACCAGAAAACGCACACAGGAGAGAAGUCCUGUGAAAAUUCUGAAUAUGAGGAAAGUGUGCAUCAGGACUGCAGUGUGGUAGAGGACUGCAGAGUCCAGCCAGGAGAGAAGCCCUAUAAAUGCUGUGAAUGUGGGAAGAGUUUCGGCCUUAGCUCCCACCUCAUUAGACAUCAGAGAACGCACACGGGGGAGAAGCCUUACAGGUGUUCUGAGUGCUGGAAGACUUUCAGUCAGAGUUCCACCCUAGUGAUCCACCAGAGGACUCACACAGGAGAGAAGCCUUAUAAAUGCCCCGACUGUGGUGAGUGCUUCAGUCAAAGCUUUAACCUCAUCAGGCACCGAAGGACCCACAUAGGAGAAAAACCUUACAAAUGUACUGACUGUGAGAAAUGCUUCAGCAGAAGUGCCUAUCUCAGUCAGCAUCGGAAAAUUCACAUGGAAAAGUCUCUUGAGUCUCCUGAAGUGGGGGGUUUCCUUCAUGAGUGGACGUGGAAAAGCUGUUCAGGGAAAAUGGCCCUCCUCCCUUCAUUUUCAGUCUCAAAUUCAUCUUCUACCUGAGUUCCACGGAUGUUUCAUGCUGUCCCUCCUCCCCCACUGGACCAUUAUUAGGAAGGUAUUUGGUGAUAAUUGUGCUCUAAAGUUUAUUGGUGUGUUUCUCAAAUGCCUGGAAAAAGUCAAACUCUCUGUUUAGAGGGAAAAACUGAGAUCCACUGGCUACCUAAUCUGUCCAGGGAGAGGCCACCAAGGACUGAGGAGGAACUUUUAAAAUGUAAAGUGAGGUAGGAAUGGCUUCAGAUGGAAAUGGAGAGUAAUCCUGGGAUUGAGCCAAAAGACCUGAUGCUAGAAUUGCCAUUGAAUCUCCUCAUUUCCUUUUGUCUUAUUGAGUGUAGACAGAGCAUUAUUGUUCUUAAGAGUUUACCCAGAAAAGUUCAUUUUGAACAAAUAAUGCCAUUGCCUGGCUGUUUUUGGAGGUCUUAAGAAGAGAUGUACUUUUUCCAAAUGCAUUUUUAUUUUCUAAAAAUGAACUUGAAUCUAGAACCCUGUGUCUAUUACCAUAGCUUUUAGCCAUAUAUGGCUACUUACACUUAUGUUGAUUAAAUGAAAUUUAAAAUCCAGUUCCUUAGUCAACUAGCUCCUUGAAAAGUGCUCAGUAGCCACAUAUGACUAGUGGCUGUUGUAUGGGAUAUCAUCAUAGAAAGUUUUUUAUUUCAAGAUCAUCAUUCUAGAGAGACUCAUAAGUCUUUCCUUUCAGGGUAGGAAGGCACUCUGGGGUUUUGCUCUCCAAUAGGAAUUGAAAUAGAAUAGAAAUGGGUUUGAAAGCACUGGGUCAAGAAAGUGGGUAUUCUAGUGACUCUGUGUUCUCAUUUAUGUUCCACCAACUGGGUUAUCUAGUGAUAAAACAUCAUUGUCUUGACUAAAGCCAGGAUAGGAAGUAGGAUCCUGAAUUAUUCUGUUUUUAAAUUUUAGAUAAUCUUUUGCCUGAAUUUUCUCUUCAUGUUAUUCCUGAUUAGAUCAGGAACUGGAUUCUUUUUCUAAUAAUUAACACAUUAAUUCUGAGCCAGUGUCCAAGAAUAGUUUGCCUUUGAACACUGAUAUUCUUUAGCUCCAAGACUGGCUGUUUUCUUGGGCCUCUUGACAUACUUGGUCUGGGGAUCUGAUGAUUGCCAUCAUCAGCUCUAUAGAAAUGAUGCUUUGGGAGGUAUUAGAUAUAUCCUAUUCCCCUCUCCCACUUUUUCCUACUAUUGUGAAACAUAAAUGUGUAAAAGUUCAGAAUUCCUCUGAGUUGCCCAGGAUUGCAUUUUAUUGUGGGAUUCAAAAUAUUAUGAAGAAUAUGUAAAGAUGGUAUAUUAGGAACGUGAAGUUAGCAGGACCGACUGCUGAAAAGGUUGUAGCUGGCAGGUAAUUGGUUUGUAUGAGGAUUUUUUCAUCUUUCGUGCUUGUGACACACGUGUCCUUUAGUAUUGUUAUAUGAUUAAAAAAAGAAAAAAAGCUAAUAAAGGAAUUUAAGAUAUAUUUGGGGGUGAUUUUCUGAUUUCAGAAUUUUUUUUUUUAAUGUGACUCCCACCUAUGCAUCUUUCCACCUUUGUAUGUUAUAUAGUAAUGCCCAAGUUAUCUUAAGUUGUAAUAUCUCAGGGCAAGUUUUGAUAGUAUUUUUUUUUUUUUUUGCCACAGAAAGCUGAGCGUUCAAUUAAUCAUUAGUAAUUAAAUUAUGGGUUUAGGGCUGGGGAUGUGGCUCAAGCAGUAGCGCGCUCGCCUGGCAUGCAUGC